ACGUUAGCGAUGCCGAAAACGAAAAACUAGGAAAUUAGAAACCCUAACAACCACGUUAGAGAGAUUCGUCUGUUUUUUUCACUUCCAUUCGCUCACUGCAUUUGCAAUCAAAAGGAUGAUGAUGGUGAAGAAAUAGAGAGGGAGAGUAUGAAUCCUUUAGUAGGAUAAGUGUGUAUCUAUAUAUACAUAUGGAUGAAUGUAUGUAUGAUGGCAUUAUUAGUUUCGCAUCUGGUGCCGAGUGUAACUGCCAAUUGUCUCUGUGGAAACAAUCUCUGCAGCAGCAGCGACCACAACCAUUACAAUUACCAUUACCAUUACCGGGUGUCUGUAGAUUAUUCAUUAGAAACAAUCUACUUCUUUAGAAAAACCAACAAGAAGAGAUUGGGCCAGCAAUUUUGCUCUAGGGUUCAGGAGGCUCUCUCGUUGAGGAGGAGGAGAGGUUUGCUGGCUGUGGCCCGGUCCAGAUUGAACUCUGCCGACCUUCGCAUUGUCGAUACCACCACCACCAACAACAACCACAAUCACACUAGUAGUAGUAGUAGUAACAAUAGCGAUACCCAGACACGGACCCUGGAUAUUCCCGUCACUUGCUACCAGAUUGUUGGUGUUCGAUAUCAAGCAGAGAAGGAUGAGAUUGUCAAGUCAGUGAUGGAUCUGAAAAAUGCCGAGAUUGAAGAAGGGUACACCGCUGAUGCUGUUGUUUCUCGCCAGAAUCUUCUAUUGGAUGUGAGGGAUAAGCUUCUUUUUGAACCGGAAUAUGCUGGUAAUAUAAGGGAGAAGGUCCCACCUAAAACUCCUCUUCGUAUCCCUUGGGCUUGGUUGCCUGGUGCUCUUUGCCUUCUUCAAGAGGUUGGAGAGGAGAAACUUGUGCUAGAUAUUGGCCAAUCAACACUCCAGCAUCCAGAUGCUAAGCCUUAUAUUCAUGAUUUGCUUCUGUCUAUGGCUUUGGCAGAGGUAAGGCAAAGCUGUGCAAUUGCAACAGUUAGUUUUGAGAAGAACAAUAUUUCCCACGGAUUUGAAGCUCUCGCUCGUGCCCAGUGUCUUCUCAGGAGUAAAAUAUCUCUUGGGAAGAUGAAAUUGUUAUCUCAGAUAGAAGAAUCUUUGGAAGAGCUUGCACCUGCUUGUACAUUGGAAUUAUUAGGCAAGCCUUGCACACCUGAAAAUGCUGAACGAAGACUAGGAGCCAUUGCAGCCUUGCGUGAACUGCUUAGACAGGGCCUUGAUGCGGAAGCACCAUGCCAAGUGCAAGAUUGGCCAUGCUUCUUGAGUCAAGCACUUAAUAAGCUCAUGGCUACAGAAAUAGUUAAUCUUCUUCCUUGGGAUAAUUUAGCUGUUACUAGGAAGAAUAAAAAAUCCCUUGAAUCACAGAAUCAGAGGGUUGUGAUUGAUUUCAUUUCUUUCUACAUGGCAUUGACAGCUCAUAUUGCUCUUGGAUUUUCAAGCAAGCAAACUGAUUUGAUUACCAAAGCAAGAACAAUUUGCGAGUGCUUAAUAUCAUCUGAAGGCAUUGAUUUAAAAUAUGAGGAGGCCUUUUGCUUGUUCCUUCUUGGACAGGCUGAUGAGGCAGAGGUUGUGGGAAGGCUUCAGCAACUUGAAUUGAAUUCAGAUCCCGCUUCACAAAAUUCAAUAGUGGGCAAAGAUGUUUCUCGUGCAAACAAAUCACUGGAAACAUGGCUGAAGAAUAAUGUGCUUAGCUUGUUUCCUGAUACACGAGACUGUUCUCCAUCUUUGGUCAACUUUUUUAGUGGUGAAAAGAAAGCUUCUGGAAACAGGCAGAUUAGAGGAUCUCUACAGACCAUGUCUAGUAUAAGCCUGAGACCACUUUCCCCUGCUCCUGCAUCAGAUCGUAGGGCUUUGGAUCUUUCAUAUACAAACUCUUCUCAACAUCUCGGGCCAGCAGUAAAGCAGUUAGCUCCAUCUAAUUUGCAAGGCACAUUGAUGGCAGACAAGAAUAACAAUGAAAGCAAUAUUAGCAUGGCAUCUGUUCAGUUGAAAAGAAAUUUAGGUGCAGACAAUCAUAAAAUUUGGAAAAGCUGGUUGGAAUUUUACAAUGUGGUUGGAAGGAUUACUUUUGUUAUGGCAUUGGGAUGCAUUCUAUUUGCCACCUGUAAGCUAUCAGCAUUGCAGUUAUGGAGGGUGAGAUGUUCAACUAGAAGUGCUUCAGGCAAACCAGGAAUAGACACUAGUUCCCAUGCCUGGACCCUAGAUUCUUCUCUAGAUCGAAAUUUGGGCCCUGAUUGUAUCAAAAGAAAUAGUGUUGCCUACAAACUAAAGAAGCUACUUUCAAUGUUUACGAUGUGGCUUGGGAACCACCCAGAUGCUGCAAAUUUGCAAAAUUCAUGCCUUGCUGCUAGUCUUUCAUCCUCUAUGACAGCAGUGUACAAGAGGCCGAUGCCUAUGGAAGAAGCUGAAUCACUUGUUAAGCAAUGGCAAAUCAUCAAAGCUGAAGCUCUUGGGCCAAGCUAUAAGGUUCAUAGCCUCUUUCAGGUCCUUGAUGGGCCAAUGCUUAUUCAGUGGCAAGCUUUGGCUGACGCAGCAAAAGCUAGGUCCUGUUUUUGGAGAUUUGUUUUGCUGCAAUUGUCUGUCAUACGAGCUGAGAUUUUCUCAGAUGGGAUUGGUGGAGAGUUGGCAGAAAUAGAGGCUCUUCUGGAGGAAGCAGCUGAACUGGUGGAUGAAUCUCAGCUGAAGAAUCCCAAUUACUACAGCAUGUAUAGAAUACAUUAUGUUCUAAAAAGGCAAGAUGAUGAUUCAUGGAGGUUCUGUGAAGUCGAUAUUCAAACUUCAUAAUAUCAGUCUUCUAGUUGGAGAAAAUCCCCAGUAUCCAGAUGAAGUUUAAUUCAAUCCAUUGUCAAAGUUUGAAUGUAAAUGUCAACUAACAAAACUAGGAUUAAAUCUUAUUAGAGAUGGUGUGUUUGUUUUUUUCAUUGUCAUUUUUCACUUUUAGUUUGCCCCAUUUUGUUUUCAUCUGAUAAGUUACUUAGUUUAGAACAAAAUACAUUAGGGAGAGAUUUCUUUUUUGUUAUUGGUUUCUGACUAGCCUGUCAUGCAUGUGAGGGUGGUCGAUGUUUGUAUCCAACUGUUGCUUUGAAAGGAAGUUAAAAUUGAGUUGUGUUUUAUCA